GCUCCUGUCUCCGCGUUUCUUUCUUUGUGCCUGCCUGCCUGCCUGCCUGCCCACCCACGGGGAAGCUUAGCUGCAUCGGAUCGACGCUCUCUCACUCUCUCCGUCUUCUCACUCUCUAACACGGGUACUAUAUCAUUCGGCGAAAUCACACUGGCAAAUUAGCUCUCUCUCAGCAGGAAUUGGGUUGGGGGAGGGUCUGAGUGUGGAGAGUUUGGGGGUGUGAGUGUGUGUGUGCUUGAGCCUGCUGCUCGGCGUUGGGUGGGUUGUGUGUGAUUUGAUUGGCUUUGAUUGGACUUGGAGCUCGGUGGACUCGGUCUGAUUUCGAUCGCCCCGAGCCCAGGCUGUUCUUGUGAAAAGGAAGGAGUUCGUGAGCCGGCCCUUCACUCGCUCGGUUAUCUCCGAGGAAAGAAAGAAAGCGAACCUCGAGGCGAGCUCAAUUUCUGGCGCAUCAUCCGUAUAGCUUUACCGACGUGCUGGACCUCGGACACUCCAGCGUCGGCCACUGCAAUUACUCUCGUCCGCUCGAAGCUGUGCAAGCACUGACUGCGGACUACGUUCCGUGGGUAGCGGGGAGGAUUUCUGACAAAUCGAGAUUCGACACCCUGCACAGCACGUACACUGGAGUUUCAGAUUCGCGACAUACCGUAAAGCGGAUACGGUGUCACAUAGCUCGGAGGACAGGGCGGGCCGUGGAGUGACAGUGGGGAAUUGGGAUUUUGAUCCGUCAUGGCGGGCUGAAGAAGCACCACAGGGUUCAGGGACAGACAGUCUCAUGCGGAUGAAUCAGAGCAGGAGCUGGAGCAAAAUGUGCGCUUUCGUGAGGAUCGACGGAGCAUUCUGAUCGAGGACGGGGGGAGCCAGGCGAGCGAGUUCUUGUGUGAGACCAAUCAAUCGAGUCCGUGUCGGCGGCUGGAGCAGAACAGAAUGGCAGCGGUGAGACGCAUCUGCGCCGGGGGCAUCCAGCCCGUGAGGGUGGUACAUGGAGACGGGCAGGUCUUGCAGCUGGCUCCCAUGGUGAAGGUCGCGGAUGUUCUCAGCCGAUACCCGCACCAUUACAUAUGUCACAUGAGUCCCGACCUCCCGUCAAAUCGGUCCACAAUGCUCCCGCUCGACACCGAGCUCGAGCCCGGCUACGUCUACUUCCUGCUGCCGCUGCCGCGUCUGUUCCCGAACCCGGGCACUCUCACCAGCUCCUCGUGCUCGUGCUACUCGAGCCACGAGCGAAGCCAGCAGCAGGACGAGCAGAGCUCGCAGAAGGGCGGGUUCUCGCCGCUCAUGAUUAAGCAGAUGAUCGUGCGAAUCGGGUCGCCCAUGCGCACGCCGAAGAAGAAAGUGUCGCCCGAGAUAUCGCGCCAGCAAUCCAGCAGCACCGCGCCGCAGAGCACCAACCCCUACAGCCCCAACUUCGGCAAGGAGAACAACCCUCUGCUGUCGCCCGUGUACAAGCACAAGCGCAGCAACUCGUCCCCGAAGAGAUCGGCGUCGCCCAAGAAUUCCAAGGCCGCCGCGCGAUCCUCGCGCUCCUGUGCCAGCGAGCGCGAGGCCCAGGCGACCUCCUGUCACCGCUGGAAGCCCAGGCUCGGAUGCAUUUCCGAGACCGACGCGUUCGUGGCCGCGUGCGAGGAGCUGCGCAUCACUCUCGACCGGAGACGGUUGACGUUCGAGAGCAAAGGUCGCCCCAGCCCCAACCCCACCACUCUCAGACUCGGCCACGAAUUCAGCCGCAGCCCCUCGAGGAUGAGCACCGGCGAUUACUGCAGAAGCCCGUCCAGGGAGCUGCGGAGCACUCCGAGAGACACGUACAUGUCGUCGCCCAAGCACGGAAUGGCGCUGGCCGGCUACGUCUUCGCGUGAGCGCGGGGCACGGGCGGCAAGGCGACACACAUGUUUGUAUAUUGUGUAUGACAGACUGACGGCGCAUGGCUCGAGCUCCGCAUCGAGGCAUGGAUGGGCGGGAGGGAGGGCGGACGGGGGCGGACGUAGCGCGCGCGAUCGUGAGAUCUUUCAAGAAGGUGGUGGACGCCAUAGCUGAAGACGAAGACGAAGACGAGGACGAGGACGAGGACGAGGAAGACGAAGGUGCGAGAGAAACCGUAGACGAUUGCGCAAGCUCGAUCCGCCCCCGGGAGACCGACCGGAGCGCGUCCCGAUCGCGGCCAUGCUGCUGCCACCGGAGGAUCGUGCCGCCGAAUCGUGGCGGCAGAUAGAGGUAGACAGAAUUGUAGCGGAAGAAUCCGAACUGAGCUCGAACCCAUAGAUGAAAUGGUAGAGAGACCCUUUUACACCCCCGGCCGUCUCAGGCGUCCCCGAGGACGCCGUGCCCUCGAGGCAGGCAGACAGGCAGACAGACAGACAGCCUUACAGACGAUGGACGACUCGAAGAAGUCCGUGUGAAAAUCGAGACCCUGUGCUGUGCUGACUGUCGGUCGGUCGGUCGUCGACGACGUUGGAGAUGAGAGCUAGCUAGCACGGACACGAGCAAAUCGAUCGUCCUUAAUCUACUGGAAGAAGAGCGCCGUGCGUGAGGUUGGACCGGCUGAAGGAAGGCCAGGGAAGCAAGAAGAACUCGCGGGGGCCAUAAACUCACUCGUCAAUGUGAAGAUGUUGAAGAAGAAGAUGAAGACGAAGACGAAGACGAAGAAGAAGAAGCAAGACGAUAAGGAGGCUGUAGCGGGUCGAUGAUUAUGACGAUGAUGAUGAAGAUGAAGAUGAAGCUUGUAAACCCCCAUUAGAUCACAAGUACAAACGACUUAAUUGAAGCUGUGCAGGGGAUAGAGACUAGACAAGAGCAAGAGCGAAGGAUAUGAAUCGACAGAGUGAGUUCAGUGUCACGGGAGGGACGAGAUUCGAGGGAGGGAGGGCACUUGAUUUGUAUAUUCUACUGGCAUUAGGGGAAAUCUGUAGAACCCUGUUCUUAUGACCAAAAGCUUCGAAGCUUCGACUUCGAAACGAAAUGGCCAAAAUGUAUUAUCAUGAUUUGAAGGCAACUGAAGAUGGAACGAUGCAUGUGUACUGUUUACG